AUGAAAUUUAAUAAAGCAUAUUCAGGUUUAAUCAAUAAAUUACCGCCCUCCUUAGUUAAUGAAGCUUGGACUCGUUUAAUUUCUCGGAAGAGGAAUCCAAUGAAUGAAGAAGAAGCAAGUACUAUAAAUCCUAUAGUUGAGUUAUUUUUAAGACAUGAAGUUAAUAAAUAUCAGAAAAAAUUAAAAAGCCAACGUAAAAGCUGGCCUUUAUUGAAAAAUUCAUUAUAUGAUGUAAACAUGGUUAAUCAAGAAUCCCAAACUCGAGAUAUUAUUGCCCUGAUUUGUAGAUGCGAUCAGACACAUAAUCGCCCUUGCUUUGCAAGUGAGAAAGAAAUCAAUCACCAGGUUAAGAAAGAGGUCGAUGUUUUAUUUCAGCGAUUACUGGAAUAUAAUGAAAAAACUUUUGGUAAAUUUAUGCAAGAAAUUACUAUAGAGUAUGAAGAGCGGGUUAAUAAAAAUAAAAAAUUGCGAUAUGAAAUUGAGCAACAAAAGAUACAAUUACAAGAGGCAGAAAAAUGCUUUGCAUAUCUGAAGUCGUGCUCUACCUAUUCAUCAAGUUGA